AGACGCUCUUAAAACAGGAACGCUCCCGAAUACGGACCUGAAACUCGAGGAUUUAAUUGGUCCCCUUUGUCUUGUGCGCAAUAGUACGUAAAGUAUGGCCAUCUACUCUGCGCACGAACCACUGGUGAAAGUCUCUUAUAGAUUGAGGAACUUCCAGAAGCUUCAAGGCUGUCUUUGGCUUCACUCUAAGGUCACACAGAGAGAAACUCACGCUGAAUGAUUUAACGGAUGCCUUCCUACAGGCCGCUCCCCUCUACUGAAGAGGAGAGCAACCAUGAAGUGGAGAGCAACCAUGAAGUGGAGAAAGAGGUGGUAUUAUCGCCGUCUCUGCGAGGGGCGCGAUGGAGCGUUCCCUGCAAUACCAUUCCUCUUGUCGUCUCAGCGUUUAUGCUCCUUCUCUCCGUCAUCAACGUCUUCGUAGCCAAACAACACCACAGAACUGGCAAAGAAUGCGCCACAGAGACAUCCAUCUGGUCCCCUGUAUUGGAAGCAGUCAAAUAUGAAGAUUUUGAUUUCCAGAAUGACUUUGGACAACCGAGCAUUUACCGCGGGCCGCCAACGAAGGAGCUAGAAGAUGAAUGGCACAACCUGACAUUCAAACACGCGGUCAAAAUCCCCGACUCAAAAGUCCACCUUACAAACCGUCAUCCAGUCCGCGACCAGCUCGUCCGCGUGACGCCGGAUAAUGGGGGUCCCGGAGCAAAAGGAGAGCUGGGGUAUUCGGCGCUGAUUGACGUUUUCCACCAGCUGCACUGCCUCAACCGGAUCCGUCAGUACACCUGGCUGCUCACGGGCAACUACCGCAACACCUCUGAUCCACUCGACGUGGUCCCUCAUGGAAAUGUCCCCGGGUCGCCGAACUCGCCGGGAGAGGACCCUCGCCCGCCUAUUCCGAACGAUUUUAUGACCACGCCCUUGGCUAACAGGAUUCACAUAGAUCACUGCAUCGAGACGGUUCGGAAGACGCUCAUGUGCCAUGCAGAUGUGACGCCAAUCAUGAUUAUGAAGGAUAAAAAGGCGCCACUAAAGAAGCGUGCGGACUUCAGUGCGAGGCAUAGGUGUAGGAACUGGAACAAGAUAUCGGAGUGGAUGGAUGAGCAGUGGGCUGUAAGAUGACAGU